AUGCGCUACGACGACUGGGAUGUGAUCCUCUUCCCUAAGGACUCUCACGUACCGAUACAGGAGUUCAAGACUGCCUGUUAUGUCUCACCUGAAGAGUAUGGCCGCCAGCUGCCUACUUUGACAUGUUACAUCAACUCGUUGCCAACGUCUACGCCGUUUCGCAUCUCUGUACACUCAUGGGCUACGCUAUCAAAAGCCUCGCCGCUCAUCGAAUCCCGACGGAAGACGAACCAGAAGGUCGUAUACACUGUUCAGGUCAUUGUCGACGGGGCUAGAGUCUUUCGUGGCUUCUUCGACAUUACCUCAAAAUGGCCCCAGGAGAUCGCCCAUGAGAAGAGGUCGCUUACCAUCAAUGACUACCCCACAAGCCAACAGAGGCCAUACCUCGAAUUCCCACCCUUUCACCAUGGUACCCUCAUGCAAAGCUCGUGGGAUGCGCGCGAUCCAAAUGGACGUAUAAGGAUAACACUGUCGGAACAGCUGAUCACGAAGUCAACCAGCCCUGGGGAAGCGGACUUCGGUGCCACCAACGAUAUUGUUUGCUUCUCGUUCCAGCAUGCUCCAAAAGACAUCUUGGAACAAACGGGAAUCUCGUGGCCGAUACGGAACCCCCUAUAUCUACCCAAUGGCCUUGAACGAGCUACACACCUAUCGCAGACGUCCCCAACACUGUCUUGGGCCCCCAAAGUUCGACCUUUCAUAGGAGAUAUGCAAAUGCGAUCGCCGAUAUCGCAACGUUCUAUGUACAAUGUCGACAGGCCACCCAACAUCUUGCCAAAUCGACGAUCCAACGCACACUUGCCAUCUAUAUCGCAGUUUUCGAAGCCAGUUCCGAGCUUAAGAAACAACAGCCGCCUGGGUACAUGGGGCGAUACUCUCAACUCGCUCGGUGGUUGCGCCGAUGACGUGAGCAUGGAGACUUGGUCAACAAAGAGAACUACGUCAGGUUCAACUAGCGAUAUGGCUAUGCCUGAUUACUCGUACACAUCGUCACAUUUAUCAAGACAGGGCCCUCCACCAUGGAUGCCCGACAAGUCGCAAUACAGCCAGAGUAACAGCACAGAAUGGGAAAACCAUCAUCCAGGGAAAGACAAGGAAAGACAACUCGUCGUCACGCUUCGAGACGACCAACUAGGUCAGAUCAUUGAAGCCAUGAGCCCGCCAAAGCAGAAUUGUGAAUUACAGCAUGGGUUUUGUAACCAGCACCACGAGAAUGCUGGUAGGCCACCAACUGCUCACACAUACCAUCCGUCGAAGCCAGAAAUCGUUCCGCCAGUCAAUCGUCCAUCUUCAGCAUCUAUCGUUUGCAAGUCGUCCUAUGCGGAACUCAACAACGUCCUACGAAAUGCUUCGAACAAGCAGUCACAAACUAAACAACGGUCGCAAGAUAAGGUGAACGAUAAAUCUUCUACCCUGAACCAUCUUUCUGUUUCAACCAAUAAGGAAAACUACCCUCCUUCGCAGUCACGGUUGCCCACACCUUUUCCGCACGCGAAUCGCGUGCCCACACCAAACCCUUUCGCACAGAGGUUGCCAACUUACACCUCAGAUGUCUCGAUGAGGGACCCAUCCAUCGCCCUCUCAAGUAUAUAUAGAUUCAAUCGAAGUGAGGAGCCACCUCUAACCGCCGAACCUGCUAAAUUUGGGUCUGCUCACGGCCCAUCAACUGUAAAUAUUAGGGGCAGGAAAGAAGGCUUCACUUCCAGUUUACCAAGGCUAUCGGAUCAAGCAAUGCGCCAUGACCAGAGCUCCCCACCAUCACCAAAUUCAGGGUCUCAGACAGUACAUAAUUUCGCCUCUAAGGGUCAAGACAAACCUUUACAUGACACUCAGGACGGUAUCCCUGACCUAGUUGAAGUAAUCGACGUGGACGCUAUUGAUGCGCAUUUAGCCACCAACGCCGCUUUGGACGGUACGAAGCUUUCUCCGUUCAAACCCUGUCAUAAGACUGGAGUGUCGCUUUCAAGCAUCGACAGUACCGGCCGUCUAGAGAGACAGCUAUUCAGCGCCCUAGGCGAGGAACUGGGCAGCUUUGAGCACCAUAUCGACAACACAGGCAUUGGACCCGAACUUACGCAGACAAUUGGCAGCGGAAUGGCACAUUCUGAUGUCAGCAGCACUGUCAUACUGAAUCCGACAGCGAGCGACUUUGAGCCAACUAUCAAGCGUAAGAGACAGGUUACAUUAAGUCAUGGUGAUAGAGAGAGGAGCCCAAUGACGAAGAAGGAGAAGGCCGAGUUGGUUCGUGCUGAGGGUCAGGAUGAGGAGGUGGUGGUGUGCUUGAGAGGAGACUGA